GUCAGUGAAAUCAUGCUGCAGCAAACUAGGGUAGAAGCUGUGAUUCCAUUCUGGAUCAAUUGUAAGUACCGAACCAGCAAAAGAUAUGUCUUUUGUUUGAGGAAUCACAACAUCUUCUGACCUCGAUUUACCCCCACUCAAUACGUUAACGAUGUACAAACUAGGGAUGAAAUCCUUUCCUACCGUGUAUGAUCUGGCCGCUGCCACCGAAGACGAGGUCAACGCUCACUGGGCAGGCCUCGGGUUUUAUCGAAGAGCCCGGUAUUUGCACCAGGGAGCCAAAUUCGUAGUUCAAGAACUCAACGGAGAAUUACCCAGAACACCCAAAGAAUUGUCGAAAAUUAUUGGCAUCGGACCAUAUACGGUAUGUGUGCUGUGUUACGUGUAUCRAAUACUGUUUGGCUGUUGUAUUUGGUAGGAGGAAAGAAUACACGAGUGUUCUUUCAAAUGAUUAUCUAUGAGUAUUGAUAUCUUUUCCCUUUUAUUCUAUCAAAGGCAUCCGCCAUUGCCUCCAUUGCCUUUGGAGUAUGUGUCCCCGUUGUUGAUGGCAAYGUUUGCAGGGUUUUGUCGCGAUUGACGGGCAUUGCCAACCACAUCAAGAAUCCAAUUCUCAAGGACAAGCUAGGAUGGAAACUGGCGACACAGAUUGUCGAGGCCGGGRAUGGGAGUUCACCUGGUUUGGUCAACCAAGCCCUCAUGGAAUUGGGCGCAACAUACUGUGCACCAGCAGGAAGCGGAGUCGACCCUCGUGAUCCUCUCCGAGACUAUUACCUAAGCACACGCCUCGGUCGUGCCUAUCUGGCAGCCGUGCAAGACGGAACAAUAAAUGGUUAUGAAUUCAGAUCAUUGUCUGCCCCCGAGAACCACUGUGUACUUUGUGAUAUUGAUGGAAUUCAAACAAUUCUCCAAAAAUUUAAGGAAUCGAUUACUGCGAAUGGUAUGACGACGGAACAAGCCGCCAUGGUUGGCCAUGCUGCCUUUCCAGCCGACCCCCCAAAAAAAGAUAAACGAGAAGAAGACCUCGCUGUUGUGGUCCUAUUCCACCUCUGCGAAACGGAAGGUGUAAACGACUGUGCUUCGAUUCGUUAUCUCAUGGUAAAACGUCCAAAGGAAGGGUUGCUGGCUGGACAAUGGGAAUUUCCAAAUGUCUGUAUCCAAACACGGAAGAGAGAUAAGAAAAAGAAUGGCAUCACCAAAAAUGAGCCAACAACAAAAAUUCCAAAGAGAGCGGAGCGUGAGCAAGCCCUGACGAAAUUUCUUGUCGAUGACUUGCUUCUAGACUAUCCGAACGACGAAGUUGCCACCGCCGUUUCUAACGUUUCACGCAUUGACUUCGUCGCCAAUAAACAACCGAUGGAACACAUUUUCAGUCACGUUAAGCACUACAUGUGGGUGGAAGUGGGGCAACUCACCGAGGUUUGUCUCGAGGAAUGCGAUCUCGAAUGGAGAAGUCCUUCGGGCAAGGAUGUUCGAUGGAUGAGCAAAAGUGACAUGGCUGAAGUGGGCAUAACCUCGGGCGUCAAAAAGGUGUUGCAAGCUGUUGAAAAGGCAUCGAGGCCUGACUGUKAAAAUAAACUUGUGGYCGGGGUUGAAAACAAGGCGAGUAUGAAGACCUCGAGAGCGAAGAAAUGAAUGAGUCUAAUUCAUAAAUCCGAUACAAAUCA